AUGUGGCCAAUCACAUCCAAUCCCGUCACAGGCCCCUCCCACCGUCUGCAUGUGGCCAAUCACAUCCAAUCCCGUCACAGGCCCCUCCCACCGUCUGCAUGUGGCCAAUCACAUCCAAUCCCGUCACAGGCCCCUCCCACCGUCUGCAUGUGGUCAAUCACAUCCAAUCCCGUCACAGGCCCCUCCCACCGUCUGCAUGUGGCCAAUCACAUCCAAUCCCGUCACAGGCCCCUCCCACCGUCUGCAUGUGGCCAAUCACAUCCAAUCCCGUCACAGGCCCCUCCCACCGUCUGCAUGUGGCCAAUCACAUCCAAUCCCGUCACAGGCCCCUCCCACCGUCUGCAUGUGGCCAAUCACAUCCAAUCCCGUCACAGGCCCCUCCCACCGUCUGCAUGUGGCCAAUCACAUCCAAUCCCGUCACAGGCCCCUCCCACCGUCUGCAUGUGGCCAAUCACAUCCAAUCCCGUCACAGGCCCCUCCCACCGUCUGCAUGUGGCCAAUCACAUCCAAUCCCGUCACAGGCCCCUCCCACCGUCUGCAUGUGGCCAAUCACAUCCAAUCCCGUCACAGGCCCCUCCCACCGUCUGCAUGUGGCCAAUCACAUCCAAUCCCGUCACAGGCCCCUCCCACCGUCUGCAUGUGGCCAAUCACAUCCAAUCCCGUCACAGGCCCCUCCCACCGUCUGCAUGUGGCCAAUCACAUCCAAUCCCGUCACAGGCCCCUCCCACCGUCUGCAUGUGGCCAAUCACAUCCAAUCCCGUCACAGGCCCCUCCCACCGUCUGCAUGUGGCCAAUCACAUCCAAUCCCGUCACAGGCCCCUCCCACCGUCUGCAUGUGGCCAAUCACAUCCAAUCCCGUCACAGGCCCCUCCCACCGUCUGCAUGUGGUCAAUCACAUCCAAUCCCGUCACAGGCUCCUCCCACAGUCUGCAUGUGGCCAAUCACAUCCAAUCCCGUCACAGGCCCCUCCCACCGUCUGCAUGUGGCCAAUCACAUCCAAUCCCGUCACAGGCCCCUCCCACCGUCUGCAUGUGGCCAAUCACAUCCAAUCCCGUCACAGGCCCCUCCCACCGUCUGUUCAUGAUAGUGAGUUCAUAA